AUGGGUGGAGAAACAUUAAUUCUACUAGAGUUAUUGGGUGAACCGGUUGAAAAAGGUUGGAAUAAUCGUGACGGCGAGAAUUAUGAAUCGAAUCUGAGGCCCGGACAGAUAGUUAUCCAGUAUUGGAAUAUGUG